AUGGAAAAUAAUCCAGGGAAUUCUGCACCAGAGCAAAAUCAAGUCCCAGAUUCAGAAGACAAAAAUUCAAAAAUAUCUGAAAUACAGCUUAUAGAACAGGAAAAUGCUGUAUUUGAUACAGAUAAUGCUACAAACUAUAACUGGGCCAUUUAUAACGACUAUAAUAAUGAUGAUGAUUCCGUAAAAGAUCCGGACUAUGAAACAGAUUCUAGUAGUUCUUGUGGUUCAUCGUGUUCUAGAUCAAGUAAGAGUUCCAGCUCAAGCAGUGGUGGUAGUUCAAAUUCCAAUUAUUCUCUUUCAAAUUUAAAUAUUAAAAGCCAAACAGUCGAAGGGGAUAUUCGGUCUAUGGUACUUGUAAAUCCCCAACCAGCAGACACUCAAAACUCUACAUACAAUCAAGCAGCAGAAAUGUCAGUAGCAGUCACAAAAGCAGCAGACAUUCAAGUUAGGGACGCUUCAGCUACAGGCAGUCAAGUAAUAGUUAAUCAACUUGCAGAUGCUCAAGCUGCGGACAUUUAA